AGCCAUCAUGGUGGCGUCAGGACUCGGCAAGCCCAAAACGUCGCCCAAGUCCGUCAAGUUCCUCUUCGGGGGCCUCGCUGGCAUGGCGGCCACUGUGUUUGUGCAACCCCUGGACCUGGUGAAGAACUGGAUGCAGCUGAGCAGUGAACGUGCCAAGACAAAAGAGUACAAAACCAGCUUCCAUGCCGUGGGCAGCAUACUCCGAAGGGCCACCCUGCACCAGGCCACCUACACCACCACCUGCCUGGGCAUCUGCACCAUCCUCUUCGAGAAACUCACCUCCUCCAACAGGAUGUCCCCCAACUUCUUCAUGAAGGCCAUGAUCGGGAUGACGGCAGGCACCAUUGGGGCCUUUGUGGGCAUGCUUGCCGAGGUGGCGCUCAUCCGCAUGACAGCCGACGGCAGGUUGCCUCCUGACCAAAGGAGGGGCUACACAAACAUCUUCAACGCGCUUCUGCAGAUAACCCACAAGGAGGGGGUUCCCACACUCUGGAGGGGCUGGGUCCCCACCAUGGCCAGAGCCAUCGUUGUCAACACAGCCCAGCUGGCCUCUUACUCCCACUCCAAGCAGUUCCUCCUCGAUUCGGGUUACUUCCAGGACAACAUCUUGUGCCACUUCUGUGCCAGCAUGAUCAGUGGUUUGGUGAUGACUGCAGCCUCCAUGCUGGUGGAUAUUGCCAAGACCAGGAUCCAGAACAUGCUGGUGAUUGACAGGAAGCCGGAGUACCGGAACGGGCUGGACAGGCUGGUGAAAGUGAUCCGCUACAAGGGCUUCUUCAGCCUAUGGAAAGGCUUCACCCCCUACUACUCCUGCCUGGAGCCCCACACCAUCCUCACCUUCAUCUUCCUGGAGAAGAUGAACAAGUUCUACAAGCAGUUCUUCCUCAGUGCCUGAGUUUGGGGGAGUGAAGGAGAGACCCCCCC